CCAGGCGGCGGCGGCGGCGGCGGCGACGGAGGCUGCCGUGGGGAGGGAUGGAGAGGGGAGGGGGGAGCGGAGCCGAGCGGAGACAGCCGCGGCGCUGCAGAGCGUCUGGGGCGGCGGCGCGGCUCCCGGUGCUCCCCCCGGCGCCCGCCCCGCGUCGGUGAGGGCCCGGCCUGGAGGCCCGGAGCCAUGGGCUGCAUCGGCUCCCGGACCGUGGGAAAUGAGGUGAUUGCCGUCGACUGGAAGGGCCUGAAAGAUGUGGACCAAAUCAACAUGGACAGCACCAGCUCGCUGCAUGGGAGCAGCCUGCACCGGCCGUCCACCGAGCAAACCCGGACCGACUUCUCCUGGGAUGGCAUCAAUCUCUCCAUGGAGGACACCACGUCCAUCCUUCCGAAGCUCAAGCGAAACUCGAACGCCUAUGGCAUCGGGGCCCUGGCCAAGUCAUCAUUCUCAGGGAUUUCUCGAAGCAUGAAGGACCACGUGACAAAGCCCACAGCCAUGGGGCAGGGCCGGGUGGCCCAUAUGAUUGAAUGGCAGGGCUGGGGGAAGGCACCAGCCAUUCAGCCGCAACACAGCCACGAGGCGGUGCGCAGGGACACCGAUGCCUACUCCGACCUCAGCGACGGCGAGAAGGAGGCACGCUUCCUGGCAGGUGUCAUGGAACAGUUUGCUAUUUCCGAGGCCACUCUCAUGGCCUGGUCUUCCAUGGAUGGUGAGGACAUGAGUGUCAACUCCACCCAGGAGCCACUGGGCUGCAACUACAGUGACAACUACCAGGAGCUGAUGGAGAGUCAGGAUGCCCUCGCUCAAGCCCCGAUGGACGGAUGGCCUCACUCCUAUGUGUCCCAGGGCAUGUACUGUCUGGGCUCAUCGGAUGCCUGGGAAGCAAGCGACCAGUCCCUCAUUGCCUCUCCGGCCACAGGAUCCUACCUUGGCCCUGCAUUUGAUGACUCACAGCCCAGCUUGCAUGAAAUGGGGCCUUCCCAACCUGCUUCAGGAUACUCUGCUCAGGAGCCCCCAUCUUUUCUCGGGGGAGACGCUGACUGGGCUCCAGGGGUGGGCGGGGUGGACCUGGCGAGGGGCCCUGCGGAGGAGGAGAAGCGGCCACUGGCCCCCGAGGAGGAAGAGGAUGCGGGAUGCCGGGACCUGGAGUCGCUUUCCCCUCGAGAAGACCCUGAGGUGUCCACGGCUCUUAGCCGGAAAGUGUCUGACGUCACAUCCUCGGGCGUGCAGUCUUUCGAUGAGGAGGAGGGCGAGGCCAACAACUAGCUUCCUCCCCCUCCACGCCCUGCCUUCCACUCCCUCCUGAGGGGCAUGGCUGCAGCAACACCCUCCCUUCCCCCAGAAGGACGGCUGAAGCCUGGGCAGAAGACCGACGGUCACGAGCCCAGGAGUCCUCGCCAGCGAAACAGAGGGCCAGGGUGGGAUGCUCUCCAGGCUUACACUGGAGAAAGCACAGGUCCAGGAACUGAAGCCCAGGCAAGCAGAUGGCUGUGAACUUGGCUCGGCUGCGGGCUUCUGGGUCUGUGAUGGCGGGGCUCUGGUGAGUGUCCUGAGCACAGGAGCCAAGAAUGGCCCUCGGAUCUUGGUUUUCCGCUCUCUGAUCUCGUCUUCCAGCAACCUUGAUGGUGGCUGUCUGAAGGCCUCCUUUCUCCAUGUCACUCUUGCUCUUCUCUGCCUGUGGCCCAGGCUCAUUCGUCCUGUGAGGACCAGAUCUCAGGGGCUGUCGGACGUGGUUCCAUGGGCACAGGGGAAGCAACGUAGAGACCACAUCUCAUUAGAGGGUGGAGAGUCUGCCCUCAGAGGUAACACAGCUUCUGCGACCGGGAGUCAGCAGGUGGACAUGCCAGCUGGGGUGCACAGGGGCACAAACCUGGUUCUGGAUAUCAAGACCCACCUGGAGACCAGGCGGUCGCUGGGGAGACCAAGAACAGGCAUGGCCACUAGUUCUGGGAUCUUGACUAUCUGGUGGCUGAAAGAAGGACCCUAAGGAUCUGGGAAAGGACCCUGCCGGGGCUGGCUGCUCCAACUCUUCCCUUUUCUGCCUUCUUCUAUCCCCUGCUCUGGGAGCCCCGGCCCCAAAGAGGACACAGAAUGCAGGUGUCCUGGCCAGAUGGGGAAGCAUGAGGCUGUGUCUCCCUCCAUCCACCCCCAAAUUCUCUGGAGCUGUUUACACUUUUCUCUUUGCCUUUUCUACAUUUUUAUAACUUCUCGGGGACUCAGGGUUGAGUGGGGUGGAGAGAGGGGUCUGGUGCUGUCAGGCCCCUGGGCCAGGGCGGGGUCUUUGCUGCGGAGCAGUGUGGGCGCUCGGCUCCCCUUGCCCCUCUCCACCUUCUCCCAGGAGGGCCUCACAGGUGUCCUCCUCUGGCCCCAGGCCUCCUGAGGAGGAGAGGGGGGGAUCUGCGUAUUCUUCCUUCCAGGACGGACAGUGAGGCAUAAGCCCCUGAAACGCUUGCCCUCCCACACCCACUUUCCAUUCUGGUGGGGACUUUUGCGCAGCACAUGGUGACAGAGGGCACAGGGUGGAGGGGCAGAGCAGAGAGGUGGCAGCAGCCCCUUCCUGCUGCACUGGUGCCCAAAACCUGGACAGGAGGGAGAAGCUGCGAGGGUCCCUGUCCCCCCUCCCUCUUUGCUCACGUCCAUCUAAGUCUCUGGCUCUGAGGCCUCGGGUCCCACCUGAACAGGGAGGGGUCCUACUACUUGAGUCCGCGGCCAGGAAGGGAACCCUCUCGUCCUCUCAGGGCCUGGGUGCAUAUGUGCGUGCACGCAUGCGUGCGCGCGCGCACACACACGCGCACGUACGCACACGCACCCCACCGCCCGGCCCCAGAUGACUGUUUCUUUGGAAUGAGGAGGUUGAGAACUGGGGUGUUUCUGUCCAUCUAUGACCCUGACCCCCCCACAAUCUGGUCCACACUUUCGUACCCAUGUGCCCCUGAAAUGCCACAGAGGCCAUGUCACACAUCUUCUGGGGGUGGGGGGGAAGGAUGGCUACCGCAGGUGGAUUUUGGAGGAAACGGGUGUAGUGAGCACAGGUAGGUGAAGUCACCUAGUCGGAAGCUGUGGGUCUUGUGUGAUCACGUGACUGGACUGGGGUGGCCCUGGCAGCGGCCCACCCUGCACUCCUGCCGCAGGUCCUGAGGGUCUGCAUAGGUCACAUGUCAUGGUCCCCUCCUCUCCAGGGCUCCCUGUUUCCUCAGCUCGUGCAACCUGCCCUCUCAGCACAUCCUCUUUCCCUCUUAGUCUCGUCCCCUUCGCGUCCCGUAUUCCGCCCCCAGACUGCAGUCGACACCCAGUCCAGGGAGCGGGUUCCUUCAUCACAGUUCCUUUUCCGCUCAGGGCCCUGUGGAGUUAGGAAAGAUCAUCUAAAGCACCAUUCUUUCCUCCCUCCUUCCCCGAGGAAGCCAAACGGUCCCUGGCAAGAGAAGACCACAACUCGGUUCAGAUGUGAGCGGGGCUGGCACACCCAGGGGGUGCUGGCAUCGCUGCAGACCAGAGGUCCAGGUGGGGGACUUCUGCAUUUUGCAAGGAGCUACCCCUCCACCUGGAGGAGGGAGAUGACCCAAGGAGCUGGCCAGGGACCCUCUCAGGACUCCUUUAGAAGGAGGGACUGCCUCUCUGGUCAGGCGGGGCAGGAUGCAUGGGGUUUGCUUAUAGCCUAUUUUGGGGGAGGGGAGGGGCAUGUGCAGGAAGAGGCUGUUGGGGGGUGGGGGAGGGGUGCUUUUCCUUUGGGGUUAAAGGCUGUGCCGCACGUUUCACAGCAGUCCCAGAACCGGGCUGUUUUUCUAUCAUUGUGAAUGAAACUGCUCUUGCUAAAUGAUUUUCUUCUGGUUGGGGGGGGGGUGGGGUGCACUUUCGUUUUCAAUUCAGUUUAUUCAAGGAAAAUCCGAAUCGUCCGCCUCCCACUGCCCCCCCACCCCUUCCUUUUCUCAUCCUCCUGUUGAGGAGGGGACCUUGGCCAAUGAGUUUGCCACCCCUCCUUGCCCCCACCUGUGCGUCUCCUACUCCGUCUUCCAGGUCUGGGGAACAUUCAUUUUUACGGCCAGUCUUAGCAUGUUUUCUUAAUGGGAAAUUUCCACCCCAGGCCCAAGAGAGAUUCUAUGACAUAUAUUACAGAGAGAAUGAUAUAUAAAUAACAUAUAUAAAUACUAUAGAUUAUAUACACAUGGGCACGGGCUCCGAGGUCCACUGCCAGUCUCCCUCCCCAGGCUGCAGCCUCUCUCUUGGCCUGGGGAGGCAGAAGGGAGGUACUGCUGGAGAGGGCUCCAGGCUGUGUUUGAUGGCACUAAACAGAAUGUGGUGGCACCUUCA